AUGUCGUCCGACGACGAGCCUGGACCCUCCUCCCGACGGCAUCUCAGUCUCAACCAACAAGCAGAAGCAGACCCAGAUGUCUUGGCCCCCAUCACUUCCUCGCACUACAGCUCCAAGCGCGUCCACUACUACCACUCCCCACUUAUUGGCUCCUUCUCUUACGGCUACGGCCACCCGAUGAAGCCGUAUAGGAUGCGAAUGACACACUCCCUCGUCACGGCGUAUGGUCUGGACAAGUGCAUGGUCAUGAGAGAGCCAAAGGAGGCGGACAAGGUCGAUAUGACCAGGUUUCACUCGGAUGAGUACGUCGAUUUCCUCGAGAGGGUCAACCCGGAGAAUGGUCAGGCAUUGACUGGGCAGGGUUCGAGGUUCCUGGUCGGCGAGGAUUGUCCCCCCUUUCCCUCGGUCUUCCAGUUCUGCUCCCUCUCUUCCGGCGGAUCAAUCAGUGCUGCUUCAUCGCUCAACUCGGGCGCGGCAGACGUGGCAGUCAACUGGGCCGGGGGAUUGCAUCACGCCAAGAAGAGGGAGGCUUCGGGAUUCUGCUAUACCAACGAUAUCGUCCUCGGCAUCCUCGAGCUGCUUCGCGUCCACCCACGCGUCCUCUACAUAGACGUGGACAUCCAUCAUGGUGACGGGGUGGAAGAAGCCUUCUACUCCACGAAUCGCGUCCUCUCCGUCUCAUUCCACAAGUUCGGCGACUUCUUCCCCGGCACCGGGGACGUCCGAGAUGUUGGGAUAGGCGAGGGCAAGGGGUACGCAGUCAAUGUACCCCUUAGAGAUGGAGUGGGGGACGAUGCGUAUCAUCGCUUACUGUUCGAGCCGGUGAUCAGGAGAAUCAUGGAGUGGUAUAGACCGGGCGCAGUCGUGCUGCAGUGUGGUGCUGAUUCGCUCGCGGGGGACAAGCUGGGAUGCUUUAAUCUGUCGAUGCGCGGCCACGCAGCGUGCGUCUCCUUCCUUCAGUCAUUCAACGUCCCCCUCAUGUGCGUGGGCGGCGGAGGGUACACGGUUCGCAAUGUUGCUCGCACAUGGACGUACGAGACUGCCCUUCUCCUAGGACGAGAGCCUGAUGAGGACCUGCCCUUUAACGAAUACAUGCAAUGGUUCGGCCCGGAGUACAAGCUGGACGUGCGUCCGACCAGCAUGGAGAACCUCAACACCGAAGCAUACCUAGAGGGACUUCGCUCGCGCCUAAUCGACAAUCUGCGGACUCUGCCCUUUGCUCCGAGCGUGCAGAUGCAGCCGACACCUGGGCAGGCUAUCAAUGCUCACGCCGAGGGCGGGAUGAGCGCGGAUGAGGACGAAGAG